UGACAAUAACAAAAAUCAUCGACCGAAGCGAGCGGGAAUGGCGGUGGUCGGCGUUCCCGGUAUUUUCGCGCAUUAAUUGCUUCAAUCAAACCGCUAAAUAAAUCGCUGUUUUACUAGUAUAGACGCAUUAUCGACUUAUGUCCAGAGAAAAUAAGAUAAAGCCAUGAGUACUAUUGAAAUAAACAAACUUGAGAACGAGGAGGAGAAUAAAACACCAGAUAAGAGACAAAUAGAGGCAGAGGAAAAAGAGGUGAUGUUAAAAGUGGACAAUGAAAACAUGGAAGCAAGUAGCGAUACAAAGACCGAUCCCGGAGGUCCUGUAAAAGCAGCUUUGUCUGGUGAAGUCACGGAGCAAGGCAGAGAAGUGAAACCUAAAUUCAUUCCUAUAGGAGCGAUUAAGAUGCCUGGAUUUUUUACGAGAAAUGCAGACAAACCAAAGGAUGAUGAUGGAGCAAUUGAAAAAGAUAAUGAGAAUGAAAAAACUGAUGAUGGUUCAAAGAUCAAACACAAUCGAUUGCAAUUCCUGCACACAUGCCCCUUCACUCAGUUUUUACACCAGCGGCCACAACAUGAAAAUGAUGAAAGCAGAGAAGCCAAGAAACAUGUGGGACUUUUCUCUAACAUCAAAUAUCCAAAGGUCUUCCAAAGACACACUGCAAAUAAUGAAGCCACUCUGGCAUCAAUGGAAACAUUGGAAGACAAACUGGAUACACCAAAUGAUGGAAUGGAAAAUGUUAAGUUGGAUGUUGCAGAGGCAGAAGAAGGCAAAGUGGCAACUAAACUUCCUUUAAAAGAGAGGAUAAGGCAAAAGAAAUUUAUCAUUGAUGACAUAGUAGUGUGCGCGGUGGUGGCGCUUGUGUUGUUGGUGGUGAUCAUCGGCAUCGUGGUGGGAGCGCGCGCGGGGCCGCCGGCGGAGCGCCCGCUGCGGCUGGGCCGCUACAUGACCACGCUCACCUCCUGCGGACCCGUUGAAGGAAUACUGGAUGAAGGCGUUUACAAGUUCUUCAAUAUACCAUAUGCAGUACCCCCCAUACGUGAAAAGAGAUUCACCUAUGCUCAACCUCUGAACGACAUCUCGCUCUGUUGGAAUGGAACCAGAACGGCUCAUGAACGUGGUCCACUUUGUAUUCAGUUUGUAGAGAAUGGCACUAUUAUUGGUGAGGAAGACUGUCUCACCGUAGAUGUUGUCACACCACACGUGCGGUACGACUCGCCCUUGCCUGUCGUGGUUCUGAUCGGCGCGAACUCGUUAGCUGGAGGUAUAAGCCCUGCUCAGCCAUCCGCAUUAUACGCUCGCACCAAAGAAGUCGUUUUUGUCCGACCAAAUUUCAGACUCGGUCCUUUUGGUUUUCUUGCGCUCGAUAUGUUGUCGAAGUCAAAGUAUCCGGAGACAUCUGGAAAUUAUGGUCUCAGCGAUCUUUUGGUAGCUUUACAAUGGGUGAAACAUAAUAUCAAACAUUUUGGCGGAGAUCCAGAGUCCGUGACGUUGCUGGGCCACAGAGCGGGCGCCACGCUGACGGCCGCGCUGACCACCGUCCCGCGCACGCACAAGCUGUACUCGCGGGCGUGGCUGUCAUCGGCCUCGGUCAUCUUCCCCGGUGAACCUUUAGAACAAUCACAAAAAAUAAACGAGCAAUUUAAGCAACGAAUAAAUUGUGCAGACGUCGACUGCUUGAGAAAUAUUUCCGCCCUGGAAAUUCUCACCGCCACUCCUGAUAUAUGGCUAGGUAAUAAUAUAGGCAUCUUGCCCGUGGCUGGUGAAUUCAAAUACUCCUGGUUGGUAUUGGACGGCGAUCUCUUAAGACAGCAUGCAUACGAAAGUUGGGACGCCCAAAAGGAAGCAAAAGAUUCAGGCAAGGAAAAGGUUUUCAAACCUAUGGUGUUUGGCACCACAGAGCAUUCGGGUCAUUCAGAUUUACUUCAAAUGAAAACUUUAAAUUGGACAGCAGAAAUAGUAGAGAAAAUGGUGAACGAAAGCAUAAUUGGAGAGAAGAAUUUGACGCAGGCCGUUUUCAAUCAUUUCAAUAAAACAUACGAAGGUUUGGUAGGUCUGAUAUCGUCUAUCAGAACCCUGUGCCCUCUCGUGAGCCUCGCUAGACUACGUCUCGCCGCUCCCAUGUACGUGGUUCUGGGAUCCGGCGCUGGGGGUGGGAAAUUGGGAUCUAGAAUGGCGGGAAUAAAUGCAGACGUGGAAGCUAUCUUGGGCACAUUCGACUCUGAAGGUCCGGAGCAGCGCAGGUUUAUGGCGGCCAUGCAGCAACAGUUCUACUACUACGUGUGGAACGGACGCCUGCCCGGAGCCGAGGCCGCGCUGACGGGCGUGGGUCAGGACGCGCUGCCGCUGCCCGCGCUGCCCGCCUGCGACCUCCUCAUCCGCGAAGACAUCGUGCCCAGGUACGCCCACAUCGAUUAAUCUCAACAAUUAGCUCGUUAGUGUAUGUAAUAUCUUGCAAGUUUGUGACCUACUAUUUUGCUCCAUGCAUCUGUUCCGUUUUACUUUCGCACAUAUUCGUAAUUUGUUUUAAGGUGUCAGCUCAGACUGCUAGAAAUUAAGUAUAAUUUGAAUGUACAUUAUUUUUUUAUGUGUCAUUUACAUAUCAAGUAAACCAAUGAUACUCAAUAAAAUACCUGUAUUGAUAUAGGCCGUACGUUUGCUAAGAAUAUUGUAAUAAGUUUUUUAGAGUUAGUUUUGAUAUAACGUCGAGUCCUUACAUAUAAUGUUUUUUUUU